GACACCGUCUGUUGGCUGGGAUGUGAACAGUGAAAUCAUAAUGGCGACUGCUGGGACAGCAGAUUCGGGACCGACAGCCCCGACAGGCACCAGCAGUAUCAUAAAAGUGGCCCCCCCAGAGUUGCCUGGAUCUUCAGGUACAACUCAAAGUAUGAAGAAAACCAUUGGACACCGGGGUGUGGAGACCACCACUGGAGAGACCACCUAUAAAAAGACGACAUCAUCAGCCCUCAAAGGUGCCAUCCAGUUAGGCAUCACGCACACAGUUGGAAGUUUGAGUCAAAAGGCCGAAAGGGACGUUUUGAUGCAGGACUUUGUAGUCGUUGAAAGCAUCUUCUUUCCAGGCGAGGGCAGUAACCUGACUCCUGCUCACCACUACAGCGAUUUUCGCUUCAAGACCUACGCUCCCAUAGCAUUUCGCUACUUCAGAGAACUGUUCGGCAUUCGACCUGACGAUUAUUUGUAUUCCCUGUGCAACGAGCCUUUGAUCGAGCUGUCCAACCCCGGAGCCAGCGGGUCCCUUUUCUACGUCUCCAGUGAUGAUGAGUUCAUCAUCAAAACUGUUCAGCACAAAGAAGCUGAGUUUCUGCAGAAACUCCUGCCUGGGUAUUUUAUGAAUAUCAACCAAAACAAACGCACACUGUUGCCCAAGUUCUACGGACUGUACUGUGUCCAGGCCGGAGGCAAAAAUAUCCGAAUCGUAGUGAUGAACAAUCUUUUGCCGCGAAACAUCCCCAUGCACCUCAAAUAUGACCUAAAAGGCUCCACGUACAAGAGGCGAGCAUCUGCCAAGGAGAGGGAAAAGGCCGUUCCAAUACACAAAGAUCUGGACUUCAUCCAGGACCUGCCUGACGGUUUGCUGCUGGAGGCAGACAACUACAACGCCCUUAGUAAGACCAUACAGAGGGACUGCCUGCUCCUGCAGAGUUUCAAGAUCAUGGACUACAGUCUGCUGAUGGGAAUCCACAACAUGGAUCAGGCAAGUCGAGAACGGGAGCGCGCAGGAGGUUAUUCGGGGGACAGUGGCGGGUCAGAAGGAGCCGUGACCCCUGAUCAGCGACGACCCCAGGCCCAGAAAAGUCUAUACUGUACAGCAAUGGAGUCCAUCCAGGGGGAAGCUCGCGGGAAGGGAGCGCUGGAUUCAGAAGAUCACAUGGGCGGAAUUCCUGCACGUAAUUCCAAAGGAGAGAGGUUGCUGAUCUACAUUGGGAUUAUUGACAUUCUUCAGUCUUACAGAUUUAUAAAGAAGCUGGAACACUCUUGGAAGGCUCUGGUGCAUGAUGGAGACACGGUGUCAGUCCACAGACCUGGUUUCUAUGCAGAGCGUUUUCAGCAUUUCAUGUGCAACACCGUGUUCCGGAAAAUCCCAUUGAAGCCUUCACCGUCGAAGAAGAGUCGCAGCGGGGGUCAGAGUAUACUGAGAAGGGCCCCAACAUUAGGAGCACCGACUCCACUUUCCAACACCACAGGCCAGUCAGUGGACUCCAGAAUUGUCUACCACAGCCAUUUCAAAAAUGAGUCUGACACAGACAGUGGGGUUCAGCCUGCGAGACCUGAUCUGGUUCCACGCAUACCGACCUCGGGUGGAAACUCCAUUGAUGUUGAAACCAACCUAUCCACUCCAUUAGCUGGUGGCACUGAAAACACCUCUGUCUCUCUUCCCUUACGGUCUGUGGGUGUAGUGGUGCACAAGGCAGCCAACACGGAUCAGGAAAAGUGCAGUUUUAACAGUUUGGAAAUGGAAGCACCUGGAGAUCAGUCAGGUAACCUGUCUGGGAAUGAAGAUGUGGUUUCUCUCUCUGACAUCGUCCCCGAGACAAAUAUUUGUUUUUAGAAUCACAGUGCCUUCUAAGGACUGGAGGAUCUGGUGGUGGAGGAUGAAGAAUUCUUGCAUGAAGUUGAACCCAGGUCAGGGCCUUCUCUGCCUGACUGAGUGCAGAAGGAAGUGGCAAGGACAAGCGCUCGUGACUGCUCAGAAGGACUGUGCCAUCGCAGCUGCACUUGAUGCUGCCACAUUUGUCCACUCCUUUUCCACAUCCGCAAUCCUCUUCCUGCUUGGAUUAUAUGGUUGGCCAGGAACUGCACCCUCCAAAUAUUUUUAAGAAAUAUAUAUAUAAAUAUGUUAAAAAAAAAAAAAACUCAUUACGUCAUGGUGAGAUCUCUGAAUGGAGUUGAUGAAGUCCCCUGCCCUCCACAAUUGCAGCAUGAAGUCCGUGGUUUGGGCAACAAGCACACUCAAAAGCACAUGAAGGUCCUCAUUUUUCCAAAAUAUUACUGCUCUAUUUCACACAUCCUACUUCAGUCGUUAUUUUUGACAGACAUACGAAUGACCACAAGGUGGUGCUGUUGACAUUUAACAAUGUCAUUUUUAGUGUUUUUUUUUUUAACAGAUUGAGCAGGAUGCUUUCAAGAUCCGUGUCUGCCUCUCGUGAAUGUACAUUAACAAUGUUUUCCAUUCAAGAAAGUGUCUUAUCAACGUGGCCUAACACGACUCCUCACUCAACCACACUUACAGAUGGCCGUGUGUUUGCCACUGCCCCCUAAAAAAGCUGGAAUAUUCAUCAGACGGUGAUAGUCUUUCGCUGCUGUGCCACACAUUUCUGUGCCUUUUUCCAUGUUUCCCCUCACACUUGCUCGAUCGCCGUUCAAAUGUUCAUCUACUGUCGACUCGAAAGAUUUCUGGAUCGGUGUACCUAUAAAUAUUGCAUGUUUGUACUUCCAGACCUACCUAGCUACUUUGUCGGAAACAAAACAAGCACAGAAAAAAAUCUCACUUAACUUAAAACGUGAUGCUUUCAGCUGAAUGUAAAUAGGAAUGUCAUUUUUGAGCAGCAAUAACUGACACGCCCUGCUUUAGAUUAGACUGUUUACAUGAACCUGUAAGUUUAGAUCAUAGACUAGAGCUAGAACUUGAUUUCAAGGUAGUGUUUUAACGUUUGGGUUAUCGGUGUGAAAGUGCUGUCAUCAUUAGAUUAUUGCUGUUUAUGUGGAAGUGUUCUGUGCCAGUAGCGGCACCAAAGGUGGAGUUUCCAGUGCGUGGAUGAAACUGGAAACACACACGCUCCAGCUGAUCUAUGUGCUUUUGACAGUGGUUUUACCUGUGUUUUUAAAUAUUAGAGUUCUUGUAUCUUUUUCGCUUAGAUGUGGAUCUGACGCCAGAUCGCUUUAGCCGCUAUCUACACAUUCCACUGACGUGUAAAAUAAGGUGCUUGGAAUCAGCUUCAUUUUUUUUUUUUUUUUAUUUAAAAUCAUGAAGCAUUUCUAAAACUAUUAGGUUAUCCUGUAUGAUUUCAAAGUCGCCAAAGAAAAAAACCCCUCCAUGUUAAGUUGUCGAUGAAGAAAUGCAGAUGUUGUUGUUGUUGUUGCAACUUAUGCAAAUAAGUUAGGUAUUUGUGUGGGUUGUACAUCUUGCUUGAGGUACCAACACAAUCACUUAAAUGUUGCUGCACUCCUUGUACACACUACUAUCAGCCAUGGUGCAAUAUGAACCACAAUCUCCAUCUCACCUGUUCACAGAAGUAUAUUUAUAUUUAUAAAUUAUUCCUUUUGGCUUGUUUCAUCACCUUCGAUUGUACAUAGACUGACAGAAGGAUGUCACCAAACUUUGGGUGCUUCAUGGGACAUUUUUCCAGCUGAUUUUGACAUUUCCUUCUGGUGAUAUUUCUUGUGAGGCUGUGUGUGACCGGUCGCUUCUACACUGAAUUUUUAUCAAGAAUGUGUACAGCUGUGAGGUGAAACGAAAGACACACAAAUGAGAUGCUUCACAGUGGAUUUUUAGAGAAUGAUUUUUAUACCUUCACAUUCAAGCUUUUCUAUGUAUGCUGUAAAAAGGUUCUGCAAAAAAACAAAACAAAAAAGGCAAUAUAUUUUUCUCACCUUUUUAAAGAGUUGUUCAAUUUUCCCUUGAGAGUAUAAUCCCACUACAGCUGCUGUCUGAGUUGCAGUUAUUCAUUUGACGUUGGAAAGAGGAAAAAUCCAAAUUGCAACGUGAUAAAAAGUUGAGAAAAAUAUCGUGGUGUUUUGCCUUAAUAUUUUGAGUUGUGAAGCACUUUACGACAGUAAUCCUGCUUACAAAAAACGAACGCUCUAUUUUGAAUGUUAACAAGCUGGUUGUCGUGUUUGCUUCACUCACUGUCUCCAGAAGAGCCGCUCGAAUGCCUUCUCAUGCCUUUGCCUCUCCUGCCAUACAGUAUUUCGAGUGUGGCAACCAUUCAUCUGGAUUAAAGAUAUUUUCU